UUUUGGCACACAGAAAUAUUGAAAAACAAAACAAAGCUUUUCAUUUCUCGCAUCUAUUUUAAUGUAAAAAUAAUAAUGAGUAGCUUGAUAAAUUAACUAAAAUGGUCAACGUGAAAGACAAAACCCUUUGCCUGUGGUUUUAAUAUAAUAAUUUUCCUCCAAAAUGAGCACAACGAAGAGCAAACCGCUAGUUAUUGAUCCUGGCUUGUGUCGAUGUUGCGGAGAACUCAAAAAAUGCCGAUUUCUAAACGAGGAAUACGAUUAUGCCGGCACCAAAGAGGUCUACGCGGAUAUCAUGAUGGAUUGCUUCGGUCUUUUGCUAUCCCACCUGGACGGAAAGCCGCUGGAGCGCCUCGUCUGCGCCACGUGCGUGGUGCGUCUCCGCGAGGCCAGCUGCUUCAAGAGGCAGGUGCUGCGCGCCGAGGAGGCCUUCCUCGCCAUGAAGAUCAUGUACCAUGAGGGGGACUCGGAGGUGGUGGUGAAGGAGGAUGCUCCUUCCCUGCCUGGUCUGGACGCCGUGAAGCUAGAACCACAGUUCCCCGGCACCCCGCGCUCCCCGCCCGCCCCCGCUGUCGCCGACGAUGACUCAGACCGCGACUACACAGAAGAAAGUGAUAGAAAAGUCGAAGUAACAAUAACACCAACCAGCGCCCCGCCGCCGCCGCCGCCGCGGAGACAGAAGCGGAGGCAGCCGGCGCCGGGGGCCUCCGGGAACAAGAUCGUGGAGAGGACUAAGAAAGAAGCGAUGCUCCGUCUGCAACAAAAGAACCGUGAGCGAGACGUCAACUACACAACCGAGACCAACAUCGCGAGCCUAGUCGAGUGUUCAUAUGUGUGUCCGUUCAAAUGUCGCCACAACAACCUCAUCUGCUUCUACUGCGGGAUCCUCUGUACGGAACCCGAAGUGCUACGAACCCACACGAUUUCCGAACACAACCCUAAAAAGUUCAAAAUCACGCAGCAGAAGAAAAUGAUCAAAAUGGACAUAACGAGAAUCGAUUGCCGAUUGUGCGAUGAAAAGAUUUAUUCGCUAGAAUCGUUGAAGUUGCACAUCACUAAGGUUCACAGAGUAGAAUACUACUUCGAUUAUCCUGACUCUGUGUUGCCGUUCCGACUAACAAAAGGCGAAUUAUCGUGUGCGCUAUGCGAAUUAAAAUACCCGUACUUCCACGCGCUAAACAAACACAUGAACGUGCAUUUCAGUAACUACGUGUGUGAAACGUGCGGAUUAGGAUUUGUGGACAAAUGCCGGUUCGACAUGCAUUUACAGAGGCACGAGGACGGGGACUUUCCUUGUCCCACUUGCGGUAAAAACUUCAGAGCUCAGUACAAUAGGGACCUACACAUAGAUAGAGUCCACAAGAAAAAGGGACGGGUCUACUGUCCUAAAUGCGACGUGAUGUUAAUGUCUUACCCGCAGAAGUUGAAACAUUUAAUGGAGGUGCAUGGGGAUGAGCCGAUGUCGUUUCCUUGUGGCUUGUGUUCUAAAGUGUGCAUGACAAGAAGGAUGCUGACGAUACAUAAAAGGAAGGACCAUUUGAAGGAUUACAGAUACGAGUGUCAGUACUGCGGCCAGAAGUUCUUCACUCGGUUCGCGCUCACCAACCACAUGCCCACGCACACCGGCGAGCGGAACUUCAAGUGCAAAGUCUGCGAAAAAACCUACCCGCGUCUCAAGACGCUCAAAGACCACAUGCGCAUCCACACCAACGACCGCCGCUACCGCUGCCACAUCUGCGGGCAGGCCUUCAUACAGAACUGCAGUCUCAAGGCGCAUUUAAAGAGCCAACACCCGGAGUACGGGUAAAUGUGAUGAGGGACGAGUGUAAAAAGUGUCAAAAUGGAUUUUGCGUGAAUUAUUUGUGAAACUGUUUUAAUAUGUUUAGUUUUUGUAGUUUACACUGUGCCACAUCUGCGGGCAGGCGUUUAUACAGAACUGCAGUCUGAAGGCGCAUCUGAAGAGCCAACACCCGGAGUACGGGUAAAUGUGUUUAGU